CCAGCAGACGUGGAAAUGGGAGUGACUUCCUCCUUAUUCGGUGGCGCAACAGAUCCAGUAAAGCUUUCCACUCGAAGCAGGAAGAAGAAAUGCGCACAUUUUUCUUCUGUUAUGAGCUCAAGCGGAUUCUCGCCCUUCAAAGAGAAGAACUGGAUCCUUUAUACAACUAAAGAAGCAAUUAGGCAGAUGGCUUCUCUCCUAAUCUUCCUUGGAUAUUUUGCGGCUGCGCAAUUCAUCUCUGGAAAUCCUGCAGCGGUCUUUGACUGUAGCCAUGACUUUGAGAGGAUCUAUUGUCAGCUAAAAUCUCAAAACUGCUCUGAAAACAGUCUGAUCAUUACUGAGCAUUUAAAAAAACAGUAUGACUGCCCUCUCCAACAGUGCAGCAGUGACCAGUGCUGCUGCGCUGCAGAAUUUCUGCUAAUUUAUGGAGAACAUUUUACUGCAGAAGUCAACAAUAAAAGCGCGUUGAAAACUUUCUACGUAACAGAGAGCUUUAAACCCAAAGCUCCGACAAUCAAGUCAGUGAAAGAAUCCAAUGGGAACUUUCAGGUCAGGUGGAUCACAAACAUGGAUGGAAAGACAUGGAACCCAGAGGAAACAGAAAUUAUUUUAUGUAAAAAAGGAGACACAGAAAAGGUUUCUAAACGUAUCAUACCAGCUAAAAACGAUGGGCUUCAGUACCACGAGAUAAAUGGUCAAGAUCUGGAUCCAGGUGCAGUUUAUGUGGUCAGCCUGAGAAGCUUCUCUUCUCAGAGUAAUAGGUUCAGCAACAGCAGCCAGGAGUGGGAAUUUAAGACCCCUGCAUCUUAUAACACUCUUCUGUACUGGCUCAUCUUUGGCCUCAGUGUUUUCUCAGUCAUCAUCAUCACUGCUUUAUACUUCUGUUAUGUGAAGCUGAAGGAAAAUUGGUGGGACAAUAUUCCGAAGCCGAAACUUACCAUGACCCAUUCAACAAAGCCACAGAUCAUCACAUCAAGUGAUUUAUCCAACUUCAAAUCAUUCGAUAAGGAGCUAGAGUUCAAUACUAUGGGUGCUGGAAGUGGUGCCCUAAGAGAUCCUCUUCUUUUGAGUGGAUGUUUGAGGCUGGACCAACACAUUCUUGAAAGGAUACAACAUGACCAGAAAGACCUGGCCAGGAAAUUUGGUUUAAAUCUUCAGCCAGAGAUUUUUUCUGCCAAAGAAGAUCAGUCAAAUUCUGGUUCAUCAUCCAUAUUCAAUCAAACCUAUUCUCUGCUCCUUCCCAACCAUUCUGGUCAGUGGCAGAGCGCUUCAGACUCUCUUUGCUCUUCUAACACAAGCGGCAUUGUGACAGAUCUAGAACAAAGGGGUUGUUUGUUUCCUCCACAACACAAUAGUUCAUCUUGCCAGAAAAAAAUAUCCAGUUCCACCAGCUCAAUCACCUCAAAGGAGUUUGAGUCAGUAGAUGAGUCUAAUGAGUUGUCCAAUGUGCUCCCUUGUUUUCCUGGCUCAGUAGAUGAAAUGCUGAAAUUUAAAAACCCCACCUAUGGCCCUUUGCCUGCAGCGUCACAUGGAUUUAUUCCCAUGGAGGAUGGUUACAAGCCAUGUCAGUGUCAGUCAGAAGUGGCAGAAGUGCCAAAAGAUGACCACAAUCAGCAUUUUAAUAUAAAUCCAAAGGAAUUUAAUGCGAUCCCUCCACACUCCUUCCAACCUUCUGAAAAUCCGGCAUUCCAUCCAUUUGACAUGAAUGGUCAGUUUCCCUGUAUCUUCCCAAUAAUUCCUAAUAAUAGCUCUAUGAUCGUGGUCAGUGAAUAUCACUGUGUGUAGCUCCUCAAGCCACACUUAUGCUGCACUUCCACUACUCGGCGAUGCUCAACUCGACUGAACUUUUCACGCUUUGAGGUUUCUUGACUCUGAACCUGGAAAAGGCUGUGGGCAGCAAGGACGCAGAUGGAAAGCUUUGGACCAAUUAGUGACUCCUAGCCAAUCGUUGACCAACAGUCAGUGAAAAUGCGUUUGGGGCUUGGGGUUGCUAAGGCAACAGCUUAGCAACCCCAAUUAGGAUUAGCAGCUCUUUACAUUUACUAUAAGCAACAGUGAAGUGUCUUUUAAGAAAUCCUGGCACUAUUGCUGUGGCUCAGCUUGGUACACUUGGUUCCGCAUCUAAACGGGUACUGAAAAGGGGGUUGGCAACCACAGACCUGUUACUGAUGGAAAAGGCUUGAAACUGGGUCGACAUGAGUUGAACUGUGCUGAGUAAGUACUGAUGGAAACGCCUCUUUAGGUCAAAGACAGACCAGAAUAUUUACAAUAAUUGCAUUCCUUCUACUGGAGUUCUGGGAGAUUUUUGGGAGUGGGGGAGACAGGGAUAAUUUGUUGGCUCAGUCAUCUUAGCCUUUUUGGUUCAGCUUAUCACAACAGUCUCGGCAGUGAGUCGCAUGACUGAGUAGCGCCAUAAAUCAGUCAAUCAAUACUUUAUUAAUCCCAGAGGGAAAUUAGAGUUUCCGUACACACAAUUCAGAGAUCAGACAUACAUGGGCAAGACACAUGGCACCUACAUAAGGCACCCAAUGACAUCAGUACCGUUAAAAAAAUGUGUAUUCUAUCAAAGUACGCCAUCAUUUAAGCCAUUCAGUGGACGAGGAUAGGGGUGGUGUGAUGUAAAAAGCAGCGGCCAAUGAUCAGAAAAAACGCAGCUUGUUACAAGGCUGUGUAGGAGACCACAAAGUGCCAAGAAUUACGGCACCGUGGAAGGAGUUGUGCUGCAUUUUCAGCUCUGAGAGUUUAGAAAUUGUGGUUUGAAAGCAGUGUUAAUCCUGUUUAUUUUAUUUUCAAUCCUGCAAAAUGUUUUUUUACAUUGUGUAAAAACAAAUAAAACAUGUAUGAAAACCAA